AUGUCCAUCGCCACCGCAUCACCACCGCACACCGCCGGGAUUUCUUCUUUACAUACAGAUAUACUAGAGUCCCACGUCCUGACUCGGCUUGAUGGACAAACGUUAGCCUCCGCCAGCUGCGCCUCCGCCACGAUACACUCCAUGUCUGAACGAAACCAUCGCCUCUGGUCCGAUGUAUGCCACUCCACUUGGCCAUCAACUUCCGGCGAGCUCGUGGCUGGAAUCAUUUCCACUUUCUCCGACGAUUAUUCCAAUGGACCUCGGGAAUUUUUCUCUCAGUCAUUUCCUCUACCUUCACCUGACCCCACCACCACCACCACCACCACCACCCCUUCAUCGUCGUCGUCAAUGGUAUCGUCACCGUCUGGACUAAUCUCAGCUGUCGAUGUUUACUACCGGAACGAACUGAUUUUCACGAAGACCGAAGAAACAGAAACCGUCAGCGGUUGGUUCCAGUGCUCGCCGUUCAGAAUCGACCUGUUAGACCCGAAAGACAUUGUUCCGACACAAAUACCACAUCCGGAUGGAGAACACACAUGUAGUCAUCUGAUUGACGACAUGACACUAAGCUGGAUACUAAUUGAUCCGGUAUCCAAACGUGCCAUCAAUCUCUCCUCCCACAAACCGGUGUCCGUCCAACGACACUGGUUGAGUGGCGAAGUACAAGUCCGGUUUGCAUCCAUACUCCCCGGCGGAAACCACAAGCACUCGUCGGAGGCGACGGCGUUUGUGCAGUGUGGGAUAGUGGUGAACUGUGGUGGGUCGGAGGGAGGGGAGAUGCAGGUGAGGGAGUUGAGUAUGGAGGUGGAGGACAUGGAUGGAAAACACUUGAACGGAAGGGACAGUUUGGUAAUUUUAGAAAGGACUAUGAAGGGUAAAAGAGGAAAUGGGGUGAAAAGAGAGGAAGAAGCAAGAGAUAGACACAAUAAAUUCGAAGAAAUGAAGAGAGAGAGAAGAGAGCAAAAGUUGAGGGUGGAAGAGACAUUAGAUACUCUGUCUGUGGCUUUUGGGUUAUCAGUUUUUGCUGGUUUAUUUUUUAUUUUUUGUUAA